CCCAACCAUGGAACCUGUCUCAAUUUAAUGUCCACCAUGACUAUGAUGGAUCCUCUCAUCGUCUUCACCUACAAACCACAACAUAAAUUUUCUUCAUUUCUUUGUGUAUGUCUCCUAAUGAUUAUUACCUUCAUUGAAGCUCAAUCAAAUCUUUGUAGGACAAGUUGUGGUAACAUUCCUAUAAACUACCCUUUAGGGAUAGAUGAUGGUUGCGGCAGCCCAUAUUAUCGCCACAUACUCGAUUGUUCCGAACUUGGUAAGCUCGAACUCCGUACUCCCUCUGGUAGAUACCCUGUACACAGCAUUAGUUACUCCGACCCUCAUGUUCUUGUUACCGAUCCGUACAUGUGGAAUUGUCAAGAUGGGGACAACUUUCGCCCGACUAGGCCUUUUAGCCUUGACACGAGCACACGUUUCUCUUUGUCCCCUCAAAAUGACUACCUUUUCUUCAACUGCAGUGAAGAUUAUGUAAUCGUGGAACCGAAGCCUAUCUUUUGCGAGAGGUUCCCGGACCGGUGUGAUUCGUCGUGUGAUAGUGCUAGUUACCUUUGUAGGCACUUACCCGAAUGUUCCACGGCGCUCGAUCGAAGCUCAUGCUGUUCUUACUACCCUAAAGCAACAGAGUCCUUGAGAUUAAUGUUGAAAUAUUGUGCUUCAUAUACUAGUGUGUAUUGGAGGACUAUGGGUACAAGUACAACUACAGAUUCUCCUACUAGCCAAGUUCCUGAAUACGGGAUUCGGGUUGAUUUCGAUACUCCGGUAACUACACAUUGCCUUCAAUGUCAAGAUCCAUCCAAGGGAGCCGGAACAUGUGGAUUUGAUACGCAAACACAAAAUUUCUUGUGCCUAUGCAAGAAGGGCAACGUUACAUCCUAUUGUAAAGAUCUUGAGAUUUCAGAGCAUCGUAAAGCCAGUGUUAUUGCAGGGGCCGUGAUGGGGGUUUCAGCUGCUGGAGCCGUAGGAAUUGGGGUCGGGAUUUGGUUCUUCAAGAAAGUGAGAGCUAAAGCACCUAUAACAUGUGGGGUUCAAAGUAAUGAGAAUAGGCUUUUUUGAACAAAAGUGUGUGUUAAUGUGAGAAAAGUGAAAGCAAAUGGCUACUUUUAUUCAUUUUAUUCUUCAUUUUGUAGCUGUGAUUUUGAUGCCAUACGUUUCUUAAAAAGAGUUUAAAUAUGCCAACGUUCUCUUUUCUCUUCUGCACUUAAACUUUAAUUUUAAGAUAUUGAGUCACUAAAAAUCUUGAUCCUUCA